UUAAAUACAUUUUUGAUAAAAUUUUACAAGUAAAAUUGGAUUUAUAAGUAUUUAAACUUUAACUGUGUAUUAGUUUUAAGAAAAUCGAUUUCAAUUACACAUGCCGUACAUUUAGUCUACUUCUAUGAAAAUGGCACAGUUUUUGUUCCGAGGACUUCGACAGUUUACGGUUUUGGGCAAAACAUCCGUGUGUUUCAAAUGCGAGCAAAAUACGUUCAAAUUGAUAUCAUACGUGCGUCCAUCAUUCGUUUCGUCAUUAAACAAAUUCUACUGUUCACAAAGUGAAAAAAAACUAUCUGAAACUUUAGAAACACGUACAGCUGAUCCACUGGAUAUAUUUGGUGAGAAUAAAGAUGAGAGACUUAAGGAAAAAGAAAAGGCGAUAAAAAACUUAAAAAUAGGAUUUUUUUUUAUUGGUGCAUCGUUAAUAAUGAUAAUUGGUUGUGGUCUUUAUGUCUUAAUGGCCGAUAAUUACUAUAGAGACAAUGAAGAUGAGAAAGACAUUUAUCCUGUACGUGUGUUCAAACGUGGACGUUUGGCAAUCAACGAGUUUUUUGAAUCCAUGCGAGCACCUUCUUAUGAAAAAUUAUUACCAGAUCCAUUGCCAUAUCCAUAUAUUCAACCACCUUAUACAUUGAUUAUAGAAAUGACAGACUUGCUUGUUCAUCCAGAAUGGACAUAUUCAACUGGAUGGAGAUUUAAAAAGAGGCCAAAUGUUGAUAAAUUCCUUGAACAAGUAUCACAAAAUUAUGAAAUUGUUGUAUUCACAGCUUCCAAUGGAUUUAAUGUUUAUCCAAUAUUAGAUAGUUUGGAUAAAAAUAAUGUUAUUAUGUAUAGACUUGUUAAGAAUGCUACAGAUUAUAUUGAUGGUCACCAUGUGAAGAACUUGGAACGUAUUAACCGUGAUUUGUCUAGAGUCAUUAUGGUAGAUUGGAAUGUAGACUCAGUGAAAUUACAAAGGGAAAAUGCUUUAGUCAUACCACAAUGGACAGGUGAAGAUGGUGACCAACAGUUGAUUCAAUUAGCAGAAUUUUUAAAUGUAGUAGCAGCAAGUGAAGUUAUUGAUGUAAGAGAAGUACUAUCAUAUUAUAAACAAUUCAAUAACCCUCUAGAAGUUUUUAAAGAAAACCAAAGAAAAUUAUUGGAAAUGCAAGAAGAACAAAAACAAAUAUCGGGUACACUUCCAGUGAAUAAAGCUAGAGGUUCAUGGAAAGAUAAAUAUCUAUAUGGAAAAUAAACUCUUAACUAUUAUUACAUAUUAUUUUUGUUUUUUUUUUUUUUACCAAAAAUAAAGUAGGUAGUACAUUUUAA